CACACGAUUACCAGUGAGCAGCUACUACCUCUAUCAAUCUCUUUCUUUGCUUCCUUUCUGCAGAAAAUGAUGUGUUCUCGCCUACCACCCGCACCCUGCAACCCAAACACCAGCACAUCUGACACAAAGAUCUUCCCUAGAUUCCCACCCUCAAAUUCUUGGCUCACCCAAGAUGUUCAUCACCCAACCAUGCUUCUUGAUUCCCAACAGGAGAGGACAAGUUCUGAAGGAGGCUUUACCUGUAUGGAAGACGGAAGAGGCGCCCAGCCCAGCAUCUCCAUGGCGCGCACCACGUCAUCCGAGGGUGCUGCGGUUGACUUGGAUCUCCUGGAACAGCUGCUCUCCGGUGACAACGGCUGGCUUGAAGUGGCGACCAACGCUUCGCGCUCGUCCAACUACUUUGCUUCUCCUUCCACCUUCCUCUCAGAUGCCACAGCCACCACCACCAUGCCGCCGACAAGUGCAAAUAACACCUUCUGGAUGCAGUCAAGCUCCACCUUCCGGCAACGGCUUGACCAAGCACUAGCACACAUCAAGGAGACGCAAAGAGACACCGAUGUGCUCGUGCAGCUGUGGUUGCCUGUCAAAGGAAACGAUGGGCAGCUGGUGUUGUCAACGACCGGGCAGCCGUUCUCUCUUGACAAGAGCUCUGAGAGCCUCAGACGGUUCAGGGAUGUGUCGACACGAUACACGUUCUCUGCAGAUGUCGCGUCGGAGUCCUCGCCGGUGCCGGUGGGGCUCCCAGGGAGGGUAUUCAUUGGCAAGCUCCCCGAGUGGUCUCCGGAUGUUCGCUACUUCACCAGAUAUGAAUACCCCCGGGUGAACGAUGCCCAGUCCUUGAACGUCCAUGGGACGAUGGGGCUUCCGGUGUUCGAGCAGGGGAACUACACGUGUUUGGGUGUUAUGGAAUUGAUCAUGACAAAACAGAAGCUCAACUUCACAUCUGAGAUCAACAACAUCUGCACUGCUCUCCAGGCAGUUAAUCUGAGAAGCACGCAAGUUUCAAGCAUUCCACGCGCAAAGCUCAACAGUGCUUCCUACAGAGAUGCUUUGCCAGAGAUACUGGAAGUCCUAAGAGCAGCCUGCAUCACCCACAGGCUCCCAUUAGCUCAGACCUGGGUCACAUGUGCUCAGCAAGAGAAACGGGGCAGCCGCCACUCCGAUGAAAACUACAGGUACUGCAUCUCCACCAUUGACGCGGCAUCCUACGUCAAUGAUCCGAAGAUGCAGAACUUCCACGACGCCUGCUCUGACCACCACCUUCUGCGUGGGCAAGGGGUUGCAGGGAAAGCCUUCACCACAAAUCAGCCGUGCUUCCUACCAGACAUUGGAUCUUCAACAAAACUGGAAUAUCCAUUGUCUCACCAUGCAAAGAUCUUCAACUUAAAAGGUGCAGUGGCAAUCCGAUUGAGGUGCACACGCACUGGGACAGCGGACUUCGUGCUGGAAUUCUUUCUGCCAACUGACUGUGAAGCUCUCGAGGAGCAGAAGGCCGUACUGGACUCCUUGUCGGGCACCAUGCGCAGUGCUUGCCAAACUCUACGCGUGGUUACAGACAAGGAGAUGGAGGAUGAGGCACUGCUUGAAAUGAAUGAGUUGAACUCGUUUUGUCCCCAGGGGAAGAACAAAGUUGAGGAGUUGUCCUUUGGAGACAAAGCAACAGAACAUACAGAGGAAGCUUCUUGGACAAGUCUAGCAGGGUAUUCACAGAAAGAAUCAGAUUUAGCUGAACAAAGUAUCCAUGGAGGGCAGAGUUUAUCUUUAGCUGGCAUUCAGACAUCAGCAGAAGGCAGCAAAGGAAAAAGGCGCACAAAGACGGAGAAGACUGUGAGCUUACAGGUUCUUCGGCAGUACUUUGCUGGUAGCCUGAAAGAUGCAGCGAAGAGCCUAGGAGUGUGCCCUACCACCCUGAAAAGAAUAUGCAGGACCCAUGGCAUAAAUCGCUGGCCAUCACGAAAGAUCAAGAAGGUAGACCAUUCUCUAAGAAAGCUGCAACAGAUCAUCGAUUCGGUUCAUGGAGGAGAGACGGCUUUCCAGCUUAAUACCCUGUACAAGGAUCUCACAAACACCCCUGUAUCAUCAGAUAACAAUUUGUCAGCAAGCAUCACUGUUCCACCAACUCAGCAGACCAAUCUUAAUGAUUUUGAGAAGCACCAACACCACAGGCUAGGCAACAAUGUACCAUCAACCUCACACUCACACUCAUCAUGCAGCCAAAGUUCUGAUUCAAGCCCGUCCUGCAGUGGUGGAGCAACACAGCAUCCACCAUCAUAUGGUGUUGAUUUGAUGAAGUCUGGAAGUCCUUUGAAGCACAGCCCUGUCCCAACCCUGCAAACAGAAAAUGCCACAUUAAAUGGACAUUUCUCAGUUCAGGAGGCACCACGAGAUCUUUUACAUAAUGGUUAUCAAGAGGCUAUAGGUGAACAGCAUUAUUCUCGGAGCCUAUCACCCCCCAAACAGAAUACGGAUGUAGAUAUGAGAGUAAAGGCCACAUUUGGCUCAGAAAAGGUCAGGUUCAGAUUGAAGCCUGAGUGUGGCUUUCAAGAACUGAAGCAGGAGAUGGCAAGACGUUUGGGUAUAGUAGACACAAGUUCUAUGAUUGUUAAGUACCUGGACGAUGAUUCGGAGUGGGUCCUGAUGACAUGUGAUGCAGAUUUACAAGAGUGCCUUCAUGUAUAUAAACUAGCAAAUAUCCAAACUGUCAAAAUUUCAGUUCAUCUAGUUGCUAGCCCAGAAACAAGGGUCACUAUUGGUCACACUGGUUUGUCAUGAAGAUGCCAUAGGC